AGAGUUUCCUAUGGUCCUGCACCUGCCCGAGUAUGCCUGGAGCGAAAAACGCUUUAGCUGCCGUACUUGGUUUUAAUGGCCAAGGCAGCUCGAACCGAACGCGGAACAAGCGGUCGCUGAUUUCGCUUGUUAUCGCGUUUUCGUAUACUUCCUUUACUUUCUGAUGUAUCGAGUGCAGUUGCAUUUAUUUUUCUUGCUGUCGAGCAGACGUUCACGUGCUUAUUAGCGGCGAAGACGACUGGUGAGGUCUGGGGUGGCUCGGUGAGAUUCGCAGCGCACGGUCCGACCCUUAGGCAUGAGGGAAUGGCCGUACACGACGGCUUCGGAAGCUGGUCUGAUCGAUACGCAUUGCCACCUGGACUUCGUCUUUACCAAAACGGGCCACACGAAGUCGUUCACACACUUCCGUCUCGCUCGCCGCGACACGUUCCCCUAUUGUUACGAAGGGUGCGUGGCAAACUUUAGCGAGCCAGAAACGUUCGAGCAGCGCGACAACUGGAAGCGUGUGCUCUCGGACGAAAGUGUGUGGGGCGCCUUCGGGUGCCAUCCUCGCAGGGCGCGCGAUUACACCGACGAGGUGGAGACGCACCUUGUACGCGCCCUCGACCACAGCAGCGUGGUAGCCCUUGGCGAGAUUGGGCUCGACUACUCCAUCUUGUCCGGAGACGACCGGGACAACCUGAAGAAGACGCAGCAGACGGUGUUUCGCAGGCAGCUCGCGGUGGCCAGGCGUCGACGCCUUCCCCUGGUGAUUCACUCCCGGGAUGCGACCGCGGACACGAUCCGUAUUCUCAAGGAGAUGGUCCCAGCCGACUACCCGAUGCACCGGCACUGCUUUACGCGCGACUGGGAGGAGGCAAAGUGCUGGCUGGACACCUUUCCGCGGCUGUGCCUGGGCAUCACGCCACUGCUCGGUUUCUCGGGAGUCGAGCCGCUGGUCGAGGCCGCGCAGCGAAUCCCGCUGGACCGUCUGCUACUCGAGACGGACGCGCCGUUCUUCCUGCCCAAGCGGGAAUCGCAGAGGCUCACCUGCUCGCAUCCGGGAAUGGUUAUUCACGUCGCGACUAAGCUGUCGGCCAUCCGCGACAUCUCUGUCGACGAAGUGAUCACCGCCGUACGGGAGAACACGCGAAGCAUUUACCGCAUCUGACGUAGUACAAGACCACCGCUACAGACCUUACCAGGUGUUGUUCUGUGUCUGUGUGUGUUGUGGCAGUUCCGUGACGCGUUUGGCGCCUGGUAGAGCCGAGACGGCAGCAGACGUGCAGUGGGGAAGGUGCUGCAUAGCUUAGGGACGGUGACCGAGUGGCGUCAAGAAUUCAAGUAAUUAAUCAAAAAACACGGCGUGUGGUUCUUUUAAGUGCUCAGCAGCGUUGACCACUGUUUACUCCGGUCGUUGUCCGAAAAGACACUCGCGGUCUCGACCGGAUUAUGUAACACAGUUUCUAUCACACUUGACAAGAGUUUAUUCUCAGGACGUGGUCAUUAAACCGAAACGAGUUCUGUUUUA